AUAAUUGGCUCACUCAUCAGUCACAACUAUGUCCGUCCAAAGCAUCGACCUUAGCCAUCCACUGGAUCCAUCCCACAUGUCCCUGUACCCUGGCGACCCACCAUAUACCUGUUCUCCCCAUGCAACGGUCCCAGAACACGGCUACAGCGUCCAAUCCAUCUCUCUCUGCACACACACCGGCACCCACGUCGAUGCCCCUUCCCACUUCUUCGCCGACGCCAAGUCCAUCGACCAGAUCCCCCUCCCCUCCUUCAUCCGCCCCGCCAUCGUCGUCGAUGUCAGCGAAAAGGUCGUCCCUCGGGGCCGAAUCAUCUGGGACGACUUCAACCUGAGCAUCGACAACAGAUCGGAACCCAUAGUUCUCAUCCGUACAGAUUGGUCCAAACAUUGGGGUAAGCCCGAGUAUGUCAACCACCCUUUCCUCGAUGCAGAGGCCGCUAGGCAACUCGUCGCUCGUGGCGUAUCAGCUAUCGGGAUCGACACGCUGAGUCCCGACGAAACAGAAGGGGCUGCGAAUGAUUUUGGCGUGCAUCAGGCGAUUCUUGGCGCUGGUGGUCUCAUCGUCGAGAACCUAAAGAACCUGGCAGCUAUACCCGACGGUGCAUUCGUUAACUUCGUUCCUUUGAAUCUGAAAGGCGGGGAUGGCUCACCAGUGAGAGCGUUCGCGUAUGUACCAUAAUUUCUACGAAUUCAGUUUUCCUUGCCUCCUCGUCUUGAACGAGGCCGACAAUAUGACUGACCACUGUCGAC